UGUGUUCCGUUCCUCAGAAGAUUAAUGCAUUAACAAAUUUUCAUACUUUGAAAACUUUAACUAUAGUCAAUAAUAUAUUGCAUUAUUGUAGCACAGGCCUCAUAUUUAGACUUGUGCUUUUAGUAUGGAAAUGGCAUUUGCUGCUGCCUCCAAAGUUUAUCAUUGCAAUUCAGCAUAUUGGGCAUUUCUAGUAAAUUUGUUCUUAAUGCUUAACAAAAUGUGACUGAUAUUUUACUGUUUAUUUGAUCAAAAACAGACUUGUAUAAAAUAAGGUGAAAAUUCUUGCUCUGAUUAUUGUCCCCUAAUUUACUGUCCUCUGUUGUUGCCUCAGAGUGUAAAGCUGUACAGUAAUGGCGACCCCAAAGAAAAAGCAUGAAAGAACUUUUAGAGUAGAAUUCAAGAAUUAAGGCAAGUAGACAAGCCAAAGACCUCUUAAGGAUCAGGCUUGAAGAGAAGGGAAAGUUUGGGAAAAGAAAAUAUAAAGAAAAGCUGGAAGAAGGACAAGCCAUAAUGGGAGAAAAAGCUUCGCUUUAUCUACAAAUGGGGGAAAAGGUUGUUUUUCAAAGUGUAAAGAUAAAGCCAUCUGUCACUUUUGACCAAGCAUCACAAGUCCUUCUGACAAGCACUUAAAGAGUUAAAGGUCAAGAUGAAGUUGACUGGUGGCCAAGAUAAAAGGAGCCUUACCUGAUAUGUCCGGGAUGCUGAAGAUGCCCUUCAUAAUUUGGACCGGAAAUGGAUUUGUGGCCGCCAAAUAGAAAUCCAGUUUGCUCAAGGAGAUCGGAAAACACCAAACCAAAUGAAAGCUAAGGAAGGAAGAAAUGUGUACAGCUCAUCUCGUUAUGAUGAUUAUGACAGAUAUCGGCGUUCAAGAAGUCGCAGUUAUGAAAGGCGGUCAAGAAGCCGUUCUUUUGAUUACAACUAUCGCAGAUCUUAUAGUCCUAGAAACAGUAGACCUGCUGGAAGACAUCGCCGUAGCAGAAGUCGUUCAGAUAAUGAUAGGUUCAGACACCGUAACACAUCUUUUUCAAGGUCAAAGUCCAAUUCAAGAUCACGAUCUAAGUCACCAGCCAAAAAAGAAAUGAAGGCUAAAUCACGGUCUAGGUCUACAUCUCGUACUAAAUCUAGAGACAACUCUAAAAUGGAUUCUAAGGCACAUUAUAAGUCCAGCUCAAGAUAUGAAAAAGAAUCAAGGAAAAAUGAAUCAGCUAGAUCCAAAUCUCAGUCAAGAUCGCAGUCUAGAUCUAGAUCAAAAUCCAGAUCCAGAUCAUGGGCUAGUCCCAAGUCCAGUGGCCACUGAACAGUGUACUUUGUUUUUAGGCAUGUAUCAUCUAGAAUAACAAUUGAGUUAUGAUGUUGCAACAUUGCUUUAAAAUAAUUUUGUUAGUUAUCCCUGGAGCAGGCAAUUAUUACUAUUAAAAAUACAAUACAGAUAAUCUUACACAAUAGAGUCCACUUUGUUAAAUGUCUUGGGCAGCUACUAAGAUUCUUGUGUUUCUAUGUAUAUUUUUGUAAAAAAAAAAAAAAAGGUAUGGUCUUAUGCUUCAAAUAUCACUGGUAUCUUGAUCAUCACGGUUUACACUAUUGCUUAAUUUCUGCUGUAUAGCCAGCAGAUUGAGCAGUUUUGCUGUAGUGACUGAGCUAAAAAAUGUCAAGACUCAAAAAGGGUUGUAAAGGCUUGCUUGUCGUGGACACUUGUGCCAAAAUGGUUGGUUCCUUGGGCAUCUGAAAGACAUUGAAAUACCGAUAACUUCUGAAGCGAUGGUCUUGAGAAUAAAUUAUAAAAAGCAGAAAUUACUCACAAUGAUCUACUGUGGAUUUGUCAAGAUCCAGGUGCUUUUUCCUAAUGCGUUAACCUCCAAAAAUAAAAUACUCAGUUAAAUUGUUAGGUAACAAUUUGUAUGCAAUGUGGCGGGCUUUGAGGUUUAGUGAGCAAAUUCCAUAAGGCUUUUUGCUGUAUUAAAUUAAAAUAAACAUUCAGAUUGCACAAUGCAUAAACUAAACCUCAACAUGAAAGUUUUUAUAAGUAGUUGGCUUACCUAUUUAGUGCCCCAGGGUUUCGUUAGUAUUUCUAAAUAGAAGUGGCAGUUUUGAGUUUAUACAUCAAUCUAACUUUCUCUUCAGAUCAGGAAGAUUAUUCAAUAUAUGUUGUUUUUGCUUUUGGUAAUAUUUAGACUACGGAAAGUUGCCAUGGUAUAAUCUCGAAAGUAGUCUCUGGAAGACCAUAAUAUUGUAUUAAGAAUAUAGCUUUUCUGUUGGAAGAAAGUCAGCAUCAAACUUUAAAGGCCCUCUACUUCUGUUUAGCAGGAAAAGUUAAUAUCAAUGGAACCCUUGUUUCUGUAGAGAGCUAGUUUCAGAUUUAAGUUCUAGCUAUUCAUAUACAGUAAACUGCUCAGGAGUAAAGAUGUCUUUUAAAAUACUGACUGUUUAAUAAGCUGAAGGGGUGAUUCUAGAAUCUUUGUAUAUUUGAUAGCCUAAUUUUUGUUUAUUACUAAAAGUUAAUGUCCUGCUAUGCAAUCAUUUAUUGCUUUUUUAAAGAGUUCUUCCUAAUGUAGUUUAAAACAAAGUGUAAAAUUGUGUUACUGUGCAGCUCUGGUCACUUGUGGAAGUGGAAAUAAACUUUAUAUUUUCUUUCUUA